GCAGAGUCCGUGGAGCGCGCGGGAAAGAGACCAAUAUAAACUGUGGCGGGAGAUUCGUUUUUCGGGUCCUUGUGCAGUUAAACACCCGCGGUUGGGCAGUCAGUUGAUUGCUCUCACCUCCUCGAGUUUGACCAUGGUGCGGACCAAAGCGGACAGUGUCCCAGGCACCUACAGAAAAGUGGUCGCUUCGCGAGCCCCCAGGAAAGUGCUUGGUUCCUCCACUUCUGCAACUAAUUCCACAUCGCCUUCGUCAAGGAAAGUUGAAAAUAAGUAUGCAGGAGGGAAUCCAGUUUGUGUGCGCCCAACUCCCAAGUGGCAAAAAGGAAUCGGAGAAUUCUUCAGCCUGUCUCCUAAAGAUUCUGAAAAAGAGAAUCGGAUUCCUGAAGAGGCAGGAAGCAGUGGCUUAGGAAAAGCAAAAAGAAAGAAAAUACAAUGAAGUCCUCUUGGUAAUCUAAUAGUAGAACAUGUCCUUUGCCACCUGAUCACUCAGAUGACGAAAAAGAAUAGAACUUUCUUAAUUCAUCCUUGACUAAUGUCUCCUGUUUAUUAUUCUAGGAUGUAAAUGCACAAAUGUAUUUGUUCCAAUUAGCUUUGUUGAAUAGGCAUUUAAUUUAAAAAAUGAGGCUUAUAUACAGUUACUCUAAAGCAAAUGAUUAUGAUAUUGGAGAAUUUGUAAGAUUAAUUACGAUUACUUAGCUUAGUAUUCAGUAAACUGCAAUAUUUGGUUUCUUUUACCUGUUGUUAUUAAGCUUCUUGUUCUUGCUAAAAAUUAAUCACUGAGUGGUGUUCUAAUUACGAACCUGUGUUUGAGAUUGUUUA